UGGUUCCUGAUCCACGGUUGGGUAUGCCCGAGUCCGUAGCUCUGACUACAUCUGCAAGUAUGUCAACCAAGUUUCCCAUGGGCCACAGUGUACAUGUAGGAACAUGCCUAGUCAUAGUGCAGGAGACCCACUCCGAAAGCAGGUCUCCAAGGCUCCCCCCCUUGGCGUAACGAUCGGCGUAGCACAUGUACCCCUGCUACGUAAGACUUGGUAUCUGUCUUGUUUUGACCAUGAUCCUAGCAUGGUAUACGCCAAGGGUCGUCCUUUAUUUGGUGCUUUUUGUCUCAGUUGUUGUUCAUCGCAAUACAGAAAGAGGUCAUUGGUAUGCGCAUCUUGGACCGGUGAAUUUUCCAUAUCAAAAGUCCAAAGGCAAAGGGUCUUUGAAAUUUGUCGACUCAUUCUCCCAUCUCUUCUUCACCAAGUCCUUUGUCUCACAGCACUGAACGGCCUUGACGAUGAAGCCCAUCCAAGUUCCUUACUUCCCCUUCAUGGGGGCAGUAACACUUGCUGCACUGUCCGUGGGGAAAUUUUCUGAGACCGUCAGCACUACGACAGCUCUGUCGGUGUUGCUCCCAGUGGCGACUGUGCUGUAUACGCUCUAUUACAGCUGGAUUUAUCCUUUCUAUGUUUCUCCCUUGAGACACAUUCCUACAGUCCCAGGAUUCCCUCUCUGGGGUCAGUUCUUCACCAUCAUCACCACCGAGUGCGGUGUUGCGGCUCGUGAUUGGCAUGCGCAAUAUGGCACAGUUGUUCGAUAUUUCUUUCCAUUUGGCAGCGAGCGUCUCUCGGUGGUAGACGACGAUGCGAUCAAACAGAUGACGGUCAGAAAUCCUUACAACUUCCCAAAGCCUGAACGUGCCAGACAAUGGAUGAUACCCAUUUUGGGCGAAGGUGUUCUGCUGGCUGAAGGACACACCCACGUUGUUCAGCGAAAGGCGCUCACACCAGCUUUCUCCAUCACUUCCAUCAGAUCUCUCAUGCCAGUUUUCUGGGCCAAGUCACUGCACAUGGCCAAACUCUGGGAAGACGACAUGAAGGCUGAAGGCGCCAAAAGCAAGUGCUUCGAGGUUUUGGAGUGGCUCAACCGAACCACACUCGACAUCAUCGGCAAAGCCGGCCUUGGCACCGACAUUGACUCGCUCGACAACCCUGAAACCCCAUUGAGAGAUGCGUACCGACGUUGCUUUGACUUCGACUUGGAAGCCCGCAUUAUCAAUGGUCUUGCGGCUUUCACUCCCUUGAUUCGACUUCUGCCGGCACGCGCCAAUCGCGACAUUCAGAUUGCACGAAACAUCAUCCUUAGCCGUGCCCAGCAAAUUAUCCAGGAGAAGCAGAAGCCUGGAGAAGCCGCAGAGGUUGCCCGCCACAAAGACAUUAUCGGACUGAUCGUCAAGGACAACAUGACUGCCAGCAAGGAGGAUACGCUCUCACUGGAAACAAUGCGCAACCAAGUCAUGACCUUCCUCGGAGCUGGACAUGACACAACCGCAACUUCGGUCGCCUGGACACUUCUCAUGCUGGCCAAGCACCCGGACAUUCAGAGCAAACUUCGUGAGGAGGUCCGGGAAAAAAUGCCAUUCCUUUUCGACGAUGCGACUCGCAACAUUGAGGACACCAUCGAAAAAGCCGAUGUCGACUUGCUGCCAUAUCUCGAGGACGUCUGCAAAGAAUCCCUGCGCUAUAUCCCCUCCAUCCCAAUGACGGUGCGAAAGACCAUUGAAGAUGAUACCUUGGCUGGAUACUACAUCCCAGGUGGAACCACGGUGUAUCUCAUGGCUAACACCAUCAAUCGCCUGCCAAUGUACUGGGGAGAUACUGCCGACAAGUUCGACCCAUCUCGCUGGAAGAAUCUUCCCGAGACAUACACCACCAAUGCCUUCAUGACUUUCUUGCAAGGACCACGAGGAUGUGUUGGCCGAAAGUUUGCCGAGGUUGAAAUGAAGACAAUCUUGUGCUCCUUGCUCAGCAAGUUCAACUUCGAGCGUGAUGCCUCGGUGCAAGAUCCAGAAGAACUCAAGAUGUGGAGACUUGUGUUGAGACCAAGAGAUGGUGUCAGUCUGAAGGUCACUCCUCUCGCAGCAUGA